CAGAAGUAAUUUCAGCUUUUAAUCUUUAAAGUAGGAUUAUUUUGAAAGGCAUUUUCAUUCGUUGUAAGUUUUCAGUAUGAAUUUCCAGAUUUUUUACUUUACUGCACAAUUAAUAUUAUUCUGUAAUCUAAAUCAUGUUGCACAAGCAUUGUUUGGUGAAAAUGUUCGCUUGGUAAGAUCAAGCGAAUAUCCCUUUGUCACGUCUCUCUUGCGAAUUAGUACAAUAAAUAAUCAGCUGACCGAAACUCAUUUUUGCUCUGGUGCUCUAAUUUCAAUGAAAGAUGUAUUAACUGCUGAGCACUGCUUAGCACACGAAUUGUUAGCUUCUUUGUUAGCAAUGGUUGGAUUAAAUGAUUUCAGAUAUGGUAAGAAGUAUGGUGUUGCUUGGUGGGUUACGUAUGAUCAAUGGACUGCCAGUCAAAGGAUUUCAAAAACAUUUAAUCAUAACGACAUAGCUAUACUAAGGUUAGCUCAUGAAGUACAUGAUGUUACUCCAGCAACUAUUUCGCGUACGAUCACUUAUGGCUUAUAUGACUUAGAAGUUGUUGCAUUAGGAUGGGGUAAAUUUUCUAAUGGCGAAAUAAAUCCAAAGAUGAAUGCUGCAAAUCUGAAAAUUAUAACUAAUUUCGCAUGCGAAAAUAAAGUUGAAUCGAUGCUAGGAAUAAAAGAUACUGUCUCACUUAGGUUUGUUUGUUCUAUAGCAGAACCAGAAGUAUUGUUACAACGCAGUGACGCUGGAGGUCCUUUAGUAUACAAUGAUGAAAUUAUUGGCAUUAAUCUAAGCGCGUGUCCUGAUCCAGAAAAACAACCUUGUACAUCUGCAGUGAAUAUUCAUUUGGUUAUAGAAUACUAUAACUAUUUUAUUUCAAGUGUAAAGAAUGCCUGAGUAUAUCUCAUAAAAAAUAAAAUUAUAUUGUAUAUAGAGUGCAAUAAAAUUAUGACGUA